AAGAGUGCGGACGCGUCGAGCACAGUCGCCAAGCUGUCUGGACGUACGAGCACUACUGCGGGUGCCUCGGGCAGCCGCGACCGUAAACAUCGGUCCAGGUCUUCCUCUAGAUAUGUCGACAAGCCGAAGAAGAAGAAGCAGACGUCGAGCGUGUCGCUGGUCAGCAUACCCAACACCAUCAAGCUGUCCAUGCUCAACAGCGGGCUUAUCUCUUUUGAAAACAAUGGAGUCAUGUCGACCAUACCCAGCAAGCCCGUGGAGAUCAAGAACUUCGUCAAACAUUGCGACCAGAGACGGAAGUUCCCAGUGCUGUACAAGGUCGAGUUCCAGACUGCAUGCAAGGUGGAAACGCAUUCGUGUAGACAUGCUCUGAAACCGGCCAACAAAGAAAAGAACCAGAACCCCAAGUGCAUUCCUUAUGAUUACAAUCGUGUUGUGUUAGAUAAAUCGCCUGACAUGCCAGAUUCUGACUAUGUUAAUGCUUCCUAUGUAGAUAGUUUACUUAAGCCAAACGCGUACAUCGUAACUCAAGGUCCAACGGAGGCGACUGUGUGCGACUUCUGGCGGAUGAUUUGGCAAGAAAAAGCCAGUUGUAUAGUGAUGCUGACGAAAACUUUCGACUUUAUCAAAGUCAUGUGUAUGCAGUACUGGCCGUCUGCAAAAGUUAGUAAUGAGAACUAUGGAGACUUAAAUAUUUCUGUGAAAAAAGAAGAAGAACUUGCAAACUUUCAUGUACGAACAAUCAGAGUCGUGUACAAAAUGGGAACGGAGGAAGAACAGGAGAGAACUCUCCUACAGUUCCAUUACACAGAGUGGCCGUGCCACACGUGUCCGUUCUCAAACGCCAUCCUAGAGUUCCGGAGGAGAAUGAGAGCGGUCGUCGGUUCCUACAGGACUGCGCGAGAGGGUCCGAUAGUGGUGCACUGCAAUGAUGGUGGUGGAAGAUCUGGUGUGUUUUUGUCAAUAGAUGCAAACUUAGAACUGAAAGAAGAGGAAGAUGCAUUUGAUAUUUUUGGAUACCUCAAAAUGCUACGCCAAUCAAGAAAAGGCAUGGUUGAAACCCUGGAACAGUACAAAUUUAUCUACGACACAUUAGAAGAAUAUGUAGUUUGCGGAGUUUCGUGGUUCCCUGUGAAGGAACUGUCACAGAGAUUGAAACAGAAAUCCAUGAAAGAUCCUGUUACCAAGCUCAAUGAGUACCAGAGAGAAUAUCAGCAAAUAUGCAAGCAAACGCCACGUUUCACCAUAGGUGAUUGUGCUGGUGGUCAUAGAGCAGACAACAGAAUGAAAAACCGAGACGUUCUGAUAGUGCCUCCUGACAAUUUCCGACCAUACUUGACAUCAUUCCAAGGCAACACCUUCACUGACUACAUCAACGCUGUUUUUGUAGACGGCUACACAAAGCCCAGAGAGUACAUAGUAACAGAGUGGCCCCUGAAACACACCCUGGGUGACAUCUGGUCAGUCGUUUAUGACUACGAGUGUUCUGCUGUGGUCGUGCUGUGUGUACCACCUCCUAACUCUCAAGAUUACCCUCCAUUCUGGCCAGAGGGGAGACAUUCUAAGAAGUACGGUCCAGUGUUCACAAUUGACCACAUCUCCCAUAAUCACUACAGCAACAUCAAAACUUGGGUCUUCAGGAUCAACAAGAAGAUUGUGUCCCUGACAGAGCUGAUGGCCGGUGUCAAGGCUCCUCCUCGCACUGUCCAGAUGUUUCAGCUGACCUGUUGGCCGGACGGACACAGAGUUCCGACGUCAACUAACAGCCUUGUGGAACUGAUGAACAUGGUGGAGCGCUGGCGGCAACGCACCGACUACGGCCCAGUCGUUGUGGUCUCACAGGAUGGAAGGGGUCGCUGUGGGGUUUACUGUGCUGCCAAUGCCUGUAUUGAACAAGUCAUUCAGCACGGAGAAGUGGACAUCUUCCAAGCAGUCAAGACUGUCAGAAGGCACAGACCUCAGCUCAUUGAGAAUAUGACGGAGUACAAAUACUGCUACGACCUCGUACUCCACUAUGUGCUGCACUACUUGGACAAGGACUUGAAGGAGAAGAAGUGAGAGUGCGAUGUCCAGCACCUCUGGUUUUACCAGUUUGGCCGU